CAGUAUAAUAUCCACUAUUAUAUACACAACUUCAGUCCUGGCUGUUCCAUGAAAUACUACAGAGGAUAGGGCUAGAGCAAGCCUGUAGUCAACCCAACUCUGGAAACGCGCUGUGGGGCAUCAGAUUACCGAUGACAUUCUAGCACUGCUAAUAACCAGCGGCUCAAAACAAGCAUUUUUCUCCACUGACAGUUUCACAGCCACUGAAAAUGGAGUCUGUUGUUUGCUCCUCAAACGACAUCAUCAGGCCCCACAACGCCCGCCGCCGUCAGCGCCAAACGGUGUUUAUCGGACAUUCGGAUAUAAGCGAGUAAAGCCGUGUCAGCAGUCGACAGUGUCAAGAUGGGAAGUAAUUGGCUGAAGGAGUAUCUUCUCCAUUGCAUCACAUUUGGUGUGACGGUAUAAUCUACGUCAAGUGCCGGCUUUUGGCUACUAGAAGCCGUAUGGUCGGGAAGAACUCAAGAAAUAUAAAUAUGUCCACGACCCCGGGAGAUAAAACUCAAACGAAACAACCUCAACCCUUUGACAUCAACCCAGUAGCAACCCCGAACAUCCCAACGAAAAUGGUCAAAACACUCCCCUUCGCCAACCUCGAAGUUCCCACGCCAGGCUUUGGGGCGAUGGGUCUAAGCUUCGGCCUGGGUAGCAACCUGUCGCUAGAGGAAGCCGAGCCCGUGCUGCUGAAAGCCAUCGAACUGGGAUGUACAUUCUGGGACACAGCCGUCGUCUAUCAAGCAGGCGUGAACGAGAAGCUCCUGGGCGACUUUAUCAGGAAACACAACGUCCGCGACAAAGUCUUCAUCGCCUCCAAAUGCGGCUUCAAUGUCUUCGGCGGCGGCGGCGUCACCAAUUCCGCCGCGCACAUCAAGGAAUACAUCGAGGGCACCAUUGAGCGACUGGGCUUCGCCCCGGACCUGUACUACUUGCAUCGGAUAGAUCCCAACACCCCGCUAGAGGAGUCCAUCCCGGCGCUGGAUGAGAUCCGCCGAGCCGGCAAGACCAAGUACAUCGGUCUGUCCGAGUGUUCGGCCGCGACGCUCCGCAAAGCCAACUCCAUCGCCAAAAUCGACGCCAUUCAAGCCGAGUACUCUGCCUUCGAAACACUGCACGAGACAGACGGGCUCAUCGACACGUGUCGAGAGCUCAACGUAGCCUAUGUGGCGUACAGCCCGCUGGGCCACGGGUGGCUCGUGGAUGACUUCCCAUUCAAGACGCCGGACGACUUUGUGGAGGGUGACUUCCGCCGCACGAGCCCCAAGUUCCAGGGUGAGAACUUCUACAAGAACCGGGCUAUUGUGGAGGAGAUCAAGAAGCUUGCUGCGCGGAGGGGUUGCUCGAUUAGUCAAAUCGCGCUUGCGUGGGUUGCUGCGCAGGGGUUCAUUGCUAUCCCGGGUACGACGAAGGCGACUCGGUUGGAGCAGAAUUGGGCUUCGAGGGAGAUUGACUUGACGGAGGAGGAGAAAGAGGCGAUGAGGCAGAUCAUUGAUGCUGCGAAGCCGCAUGGGAAUCGGUAUGGUGCUGUGCAUCAAGCUAUGGUGGGGCAUUAGUGGUUGGAUCAUGGUUUCUUCGGUUGGAUAUAAUGGAUAUAGUUCGAUCAUGAGGUGAGGGGUUAUGAUAUGUAAACCUUUGGGGCAAAUCGGACGCUUAUAUAGAAUGAAUGCCACUGGCGUGAUGAAGCCUCCAUGUACGACAGGUGUAAUCAUCAAAGCUGAAGUUCUUGUCUUAUCGUUGUGGUGUAUCUCAAGUUGUGAUCUCAGCGAGGUAGCCUUACAGCCUUCUGUUGAUCCUCUGCCUUGGAUAGUACUCCCAAACGACCCCAAUGUACAAGGUUCGGCGAGACUUAGUUAGGUUACUUAGUUAGAUUACUGAUAUUUACUUGUACAAUCGUUGACCAAAUCCGUCUAGGGUCUAUAUUUCUAUUCUAUAGAUAGUCUAUAUCUAUAACCCC